AUGAAGACUGGACCGUUAAUAAACAAUCCAUUAUGGUCCCAAGGACUCCGGAUCGUCUGGGGUUAUAUGCUGGAGAAUACAGUAUUUGUCGAAUUUGAAAUACAUAAUCAAGCCUUUAUUGAGGAGGAAUAUAUCAAUUGCAAAAUCAGAACCUCAGAAGCCUACGUAGAGAUUGAAGACCUUAAUUUACCUCGGCCGCACGAAGCCAGGAUCUACAUAGGUGUGCUCAAUAACCACUUACGUAUGCCUGGAACUCGCUAUCAUGUCUACCGUUUGGAGUUUAAGCAAAGUACUCCUUAUCCUUUAGCCACUGCUGCCAUUUUUGAUACAGUAACAACAAGAAAUCGAACUCAUUACUCCACACCUGUCGCUAUGAAAAGCAACCCUACUGCUACUACUACUGUAAAUUAUAGUAAGAAUCAUAACCAAGACAGCCGAGCAAUUUUCAACACUAACCAAACCAGAAAGAGAAAUGCACCCUCAGCCAGAACUCAGCGCAAAAUUAGGAAGGCAUCCGCCAGCAACAAAACGCCCAGAAGGAGACCAAACAAAAACACCAUGUCAAAAGAAGAAAGGACGAUAGAGAACAAUGUAGAGGAAACGCCUAUGACAGCACCAUUGUCAUCACCUGCAACGUACAUGUCUACUUCCUUUGUAUCUUCGCCCACGUCUAGCAUGUCUUCGGUUUCGACUAUUACGUUUACUGGCAGUACGACUUUAAAUAGUAACGCCGGCGCUACAGGGUCUACUGUAAACUCACUUCCAAUUAUUACCCAUCCUAAAUUGGUUGCCAUUAUAUCUUCCAAUCCUCUAGAUGAUGGUUCUUUCCCCAAAAACAACACGGGUUUUGUUCCUUAUACUAAUGCUGCCAUCUACUCUCCACUUUCGAUGCCAAACGCUCAACAGAUGCAUGGUAUUCACGCACCCAUUCCCACAUCCAAUAUCACAGUCACUUAUCAACAAUCAGCUUUGAUUAGCGAGCUGGAUAGUUAUGACAGCAGUAACAGCACUGAACAAGUGAUGGGGACUUCUCAGUGUUCACACAGUCAGCAGGGUCAACAACAAUGGUCGACUUCUGUGACACCCUACAACCUCACCACUUACUAUAACACUACAAAACCUGCUGUUACCAUGGCUGUUAAGAGUAAUGGCAACCAUUUCAAUACAUCAAAUUCAUCGCUGAGCAAUAAGAGUAGCAACAUUACAGCAACAUCGCCUUUUAUCAACGCAGAAAACAACAACACUCACUUGCCACAAAUACAGCAAAUGUACAAUCCUUCCUUGCAUGACAGAGAAUUGUACCAUUUUCUGUUCAAUAAUUACUGGGACAAUAACAGUAAUAUUAGCAGCGCUAAUAGCAUUAACAACAACAACAACAAUAAUGCCGCGGUCUCGUGGUCUAGUUAUGUACCUAUCUCUUUUUAA